CCGCCUUGAGGCCGCGCGCCUGCGCCGAGCCCGCUCGCCGGCGCCGCAGCCCGUGCUGGCUGGCGCUGGCAGUGCGUCCCGCCGCCCGCCUCCCCCGGCCCCCGGCGCCCCCGGCCCGGACGCGGUGGGCCCCCGGGAGCUGCAGCCGCCCAGCGGGCGAGAGGCGGUGCCGCUUCCAAGAUGUCGCAGACGGCCAUGUCCGAGACCUACGACUUUUUGUUUAAGUUCUUGGUUAUUGGAAAUGCAGGAACUGGAAAGUCUUGCUUACUUCAUCAGUUUAUAGAAAAAAAAUUCAAAGAUGACUCAAAUCAUACAAUAGGAGUGGAAUUUGGCUCAAAGAUAAUAAAUGUUGGUGGUAAAUAUGUAAAGUUACAGAUAUGGGAUACAGCAGGCCAAGAACGAUUCAGGUCUGUGACAAGAAGUUACUACCGGGGUGCGGCAGGAGCUCUCCUGGUCUACGACAUCACCAGCCGAGAAACCUACAAUGCGCUUACUAAUUGGUUAACAGAUGCCAGAAUGCUAGCAAGUCAGAAUAUCGUGAUCAUCCUCUGUGGGAACAAGAAGGACCUGGAUGCUGACCGUGAAGUUACUUUCCUUGAGGCCUCCAGAUUUGCUCAAGAAAAUGAACUGAUGUUUUUGGAAACAAGUGCACUAACAGGGGAGAAUGUAGAAGAAGCCUUUGUACAGUGUGCAAGAAAAAUACUUAACAAAAUUGAAUCAGGUGAACUAGACCCAGAAAGAAUGGGCUCAGGCAUUCAGUACGGAGACGCUGCCCUGAGACAGCUGCGGUCACCACGUCGCUCACAGGCCCCGAGUGCCCAGGACUGUGGUUGUUAGAAGCAGCACACGAGAAUCCGUGCCGGUUCAUACAGUGGUAUUUGAGACAUGGAACUUGAAGAAUCUGAAGUUUUUUACCACCAUCUUUUUCUACUUUAUAUAUAAGUAGAUCUUUGUGCAAAAAUAUAUAUAUACACAUAUAUAUAUAAAAUCUGGGUUGUUAUGCAAGCUAGUAGAUGUGUGACAGCUAACCAUAUAAUAAAUCUGAAUCAAUGAACAAUGGCAUUAGAUGAAUAUAAGUAUGUAAACAUUUUCCGUUUCAUAUUUUCCCUUUCACCUUGGGUUGAAACCCUGGCUAUAUAUUGUAUAUAUUGUAUUCCUCUGAGCAUGGUAUCUAAUGUAUGGUCUGAUAGAAUGUUGCACUAAAAGCGGUCUUUUAUUUUUUGUAAUCAUAUGAAGUGAAAUCUAUGCAUUGUGAACAGUGUGUUUGAUCAUCAUGUCAGUUAUUAUUUCGCAGUUAUGUUCAUGACCUGAUAUUUAAAGACUGGCAUUUUGGCCAGUACAUUGCUUGCUUGAUUAUGUUUAAUCACAGUCUUACAAGGUGUUUACAUGAUUCACGCUUGAAAUACUAGAUUAGUAGUUACUCAUAUACCAAAAUAAAAUGGAAAAUGUUGUUUUUCCACAAACUGUACUUUGUCCUACACUCUUAAUUUUAAAGCCAGGUCACUUUAUAAUCAAUACGUGCUCUUUUUUAGUUACUGUGAUCCAGCACCAAGGAUUACAGUACAAUUAACCAGUCUAGGCAACUUAGUGUUUUCUUACCAUUGGUUAUAUGCAUUUGACCCAGUAGAAUGGAGUUGCUCUUCUGUUCCUGAUGUGCUGAUCUGUCCUCUUAGAAACACAUUGUUAGGCCGGAGCAAUAGUACAGCACAGGGCACUUGCCUAGCAUGUAGCUAACCCAAGUUAGAUACCUGACACCACAUAUGACCACGUAAGAUCCCCCCAGCACUGUCAGUAGUGAUCACUGAGUGCAGAGUAUGUCCUAACACCACUGGGUAUGGCCCCCCCCUUCCCACAAAAAAGAAACACACUGUUUAUAACUUCUUUUCUGGAUUUCAGUCUUACAGAUUCACUGCCCCUUUUGUAAGUCUUGUAUUGUUUCGUGUUCAUUUUAAAGAAACCCAUUGAACCCAGUUAAUAUUAAGGGGACACCUUUAAUAAAUUUCUGUAUAGCUUUUGCUGAAUACUUAAAUGCCUUACUAAAGUUAUCAAGUUGACUUGUUUUUUGUUCACAUAAGGUAUAUUGAAGUAUGUAUUACAAAGACUUAUUCUAAUAUUUUUUAAAUGUCAGUGUAAAGCACAUAUUAGAACUUUUGUUUAAAGGUGAAAUAUAAUACUUAAGGCUGAAAAGUGAAGCAACAUUCAACUUAUAUGUAUUCUUUCACUGUGACUAUGUAGCUGCAGUCUGGUCAAUGUCAUUACCUUUUUUUAUUUUCUUUAAAGUUGCCUACUGCUUUUGUUAAAGAGAACAAAGACGCCAACAAACUCUGGGAAGUUAGAUUUUAAAAGCCAGUAUGUAUCCAGUGUAUAUCUAUUAUAGAUCUUUUCAUUUGA